CAGAUCCCGGAGCGGCGGCAGCGCAGCCUCUUCCCCCGGGAAGUCGUCCGGGCUUGAGGCCGGGCCCCAGACGCCCCGUUAGGCGCCGCGGUGCUGCCGUUGGUGCUGGGCACUGCCACCCCCAGCCCAUGAGCACCCCAGCCUGCUGACUGCCGCUUCACACCUGUCCAUCCUCCGACGGCCACACCAUGUCCGGCUCCUACGAUGAGGCCUCCCUAGCUCCGGAGGAGACCACUGACAGCUUCUGGGAGGUGGGGAACUACAAGCGGACAGUGAAGCGCAUCGAUGACGGGCACCGCCUGUGCAACGACCUGAUGAACUGCGUGCAGGAGCGCGCCAAGAUCGAGAAGGCCUACGGGCAGCAGCUCACAGACUGGGCCAAGCGCUGGCGCCAGCUCAUCGAGAAAGGCCCACAGUAUGGCAGCCUGGAGCGGGCCUGGGGUGCCAUCAUGACGGAGGCGGACAAGGUGAGCGAACUGCACCAGGAGGUGAAGAACAACCUACUGAAUGAGGACCUGGAGAAGGUCAAGAACUGGCAGAAGGACGCCUAUCACAAGCAGAUCAUGGGCGGCUUCAAGGAGACCAAGGAGGCUGAAGAUGGCUUCCGCAAGGCCCAGAAGCCGUGGGCCAAGAAGAUGAAGGAGCUGGAGGCAGCCAAGAAGGCCUACCAUCUGGCCUGCAAAGAGGAGAAGCUGGCCGUGACACGGGAGAUGAACAGCAAGACGGAGCAGUCAGUCACACCCGAGCAGCAGAAGAAGCUUCAGGACAAAGUGGACAAGUGCAAGCAGGAUGUGCAGAAGACGCAGGAGAAGUAUGAGAAGGUGCUAGAUGAAGUGGGCAAGACCACACCCCAGUACAUGGAGGGCAUGGAGCAGGUGUUUGAACAGUGCCAGCAAUUUGAGGAAAAACGGCUGGUCUUCCUCAAGGAGGUGCUGCUGGACAUCAAACGUCACCUCAACCUAGCUGAGAAUAGCAGCUAUGUCCAUGUGUACCGGGAGUUGGAACAGGCCAUCCGGAGUGCUGACGCCCAGGACGACCUCAGAUGGUUCCGCAGCACCAGCGGCCCUGGCAUGCCCAUGAAUUGGCCCCAGUUUGAGGAGUGGAACCCAGACCUCCCUCACACCACCACCAAGAAGGAGAAACAGCCUAAGAAGGCAGAGGGGGUGGUGCUGACCAAUGCCACUGGGGUGGUGGAGUCCACAUCUCAGGCUGGGGACCGUGGCAGCGUUAGCAGCUAUGACAGGAGCCAGCCUUAUACUACUGAGUGGUCAGACGAUGAGAGCGGGAACACAUUUGGGGGCAAUGAGGCCAACGGGGGCGCCAACCCUUUCGAGGACGACGCCAAGGGAGUGCGUGUGCGGGCGCUCUAUGACUACGAAGGCCAGGAGCAGGAUGAGCUCAGCUUCAAGGCUGGAGACGAGCUCACCAAGCUGGGCGAGGAGGACGAGCAGGGCUGGUGCCGCGGGCGGCUGGACAGCGGGCAGUUCGGCCUCUAUCCUGCCAACUACGUGGAGGCCAUCUAGCUGCCCUGCUGCCCCCCGCAAAACCCCCCACUCCUCCCCCACCCCCUUCCCACUCUUGUCACCUCCCCUCGCCAUAGAGUUCCAGACAUAUUUUACGAUCAAGCUUUUAUUUUUUUAAAAGUCAAUACUGAACAAAACAAAAAAUACAAAGAGAUGGAGCAUUUGCAGGGCCACCUGGAGGCCAGGCUGCUGGACUUGGGGUGAUGGCCCUGGGUAGGUGAGGGUCUUACAACUUAGCCCAACAGAGACAUCACAACAUCUACUCUUUAGAUCCCACCAGAGUCUCCUGAGCCCUGAGAGAUGUCUCCCGGCCCCGUCCAUCUUACUUCACUGCGCCCAUCCCCCGUCCCCACCCCAGGCUGCCAGUACCUGCUGCCCCCUUCCCUGGGCCUGGUUUUCGGGGCCCCCUCCUCCUGCCCCACCUUGCUCCCCUUUCACUACCACCCUCCUCUCAGAGGCCUCCCCUCCAACCAAGACAAGGGGCCUCCCAGUGUUUAGUCUCCCACUGUGCCCUGGGAGUACCCUUCUCCCCUGGGCCUCACCCCACAGGAUUGGUGGCACUGGAAGAGGAAUGGUCACCCUCUUCUCCAGAUGAAGAGGGUUGAGCUGGAGGUGGUGACAGAGUCGCUGUGGUGCAGUAGGAUCCACGAGCAGGGAGCCGGCCUGUCCUUCCACCGCAGGCUCAGCGGCGGGAAUGGGACCUGCUAGGCCUUCUGUCCAGCUGUCCAUGCUUCAGGCCUGCGCUCCUCCUCAGAGCCAUACCCUUCAGUAUGUGCAGCCUUCCCCCCACAAGUUCUCAGGCAGAGGGGAGGGGCCCCAAAGCCCAGGGCAAAGCCAGCAACAGUAGCAGCCUCCUUCCAUUUCCUGGGGGGCAGGGUAUCUUGCCCACCCACCCAUGUUCCCUCCACAUCCGUCUAAAACCAGAGAAUCACUGGGUUCAGCCAACCUUCAGAGACUAACCUCGGGGCUCCCAUUCCUCUCUGUCCUCUGUCCUGCCUGGGGGGACAGCACGGGCCCUGGCAGCUUCCAGCCUGGGGCCAUCAGGGAAGGCCUGCAGCCCCUAGGAGAGGCAGAUGGGCAGGGCAGUCACCGUGUCUUCCUUCCUGUCCUCUCCCUACAACCACAGCCCAGCCGUGGAGCAGAAUCCCCCCGCCGGCAGCCCCCGCCCCAUCCCUCCAAGCCUGGGCCUCUCUCUGUCAAAGGACUUUGGGGGGAGGAGAGGGAGGGCCUGCCCGGAGCAGGAGUGUUUCCUGGUGCUGGGUUGCCAAGCAUCACUACCAGGGAGCAGCCCCUCCCACGCGACUGGGGGAGGCCUACCUGGGAAGCAGACCAAGGCAGGACAAGACCCCUAGAGGUGGGGGACUGGCUGGAAGAGGAGUCUCAGAACCUCCGAGUGAGGCCCUGAGACCUGCAGCACCAGGAGAGCCCUGCGCACGGGGAUGCCUCUUCUGGGCCCUGCUCCCUCCAGAGCACCUGCCCCUGGGCCUCUAGGUGAAGACAGUGUGAUACCCCAGCCCCUCUGGCACCCCUCAGCCUCUUGUUCUUCUUCUCCCCACAGCCCACUGUUAGGUCACAGACCCCAGCCUCAGGCCCUGACCCUGUUCCUAGGAGCACAGAGGAUCUUGGCAAACUCUGGCAGGGGUCUGAGCUGGGGCAGGCCUCCCCAGAGAAGUUGGGGGGAUGGGGAUGAUGGCUCUCCUAAAGACAGGCAGACUACCCCCCACCCCCACGGUACACGCUUUCUUGUCACUGUUCUCUGGGCCUCUGCUGCACCCUGAGGUGUGCCCUAGACCCUUCAGAGCUUGGAGCACGAUUUUGGAAACCCUCAGCCCUCCCAACUCCAGAAGAAAACCUUCUGCCUCCUCCAAGCAGGAGUUGGGGUCGGGGGCCUCUGCCCUUCACCACCUACCACUGGAAGUCAGGGAGCUGCCACAUCUGCACCUUGGGGCCUGGGCUCCCCCUCUCUGCCAGCAGCUUCCCAGCACCUGGGGACGGGCAGUGGCCCUGGCUGUCCCCUCAGCCCUUUAACUGUCCACUCCGGGGCAGGGACUCAAAACCCCAUUCCUCCUGAGCAAUCGGUCCCCAGGCUCCUCGGGCCCCGGAGUGGGAGGGUCUCGCCUGGAAGACCCCCUGAGAUCCCGGGGCCCAGACCCACCUGUCAGUGCUGGUAUCAGGGCCCUCACCACUGAGCAUAGGGGCCGUGCCCCUCACUGUGCCCACCAAGUCCUGUAGCCCCUGCCCGCACCGCAGUGCUGCUGGCCCCCCGCCCCCCUCCCCGGGCUCGGCGAGUAGUGUUUCAUCCCGAGUUAACCACGUUCUGCGGCCUGGCUCUGCAAGGAGCCAGGGCUGCCCGCGCCUCUGCCGCCCUGGGCUUCCUGACCAUUAGUCCGACACUUGUGAAACUCUGAGAAGUGCUGUGGUCUCAGCAAUGCACCUGUUUUGUACAUGAUUGUGUAUUUAAAGGUAUAUAAAUACAAAUCUAUAUAUAUAUAUAAGUUGUGAUUGUAUGACUGUGGAUAAAAUCCAGAACUGUGUCAACCUG